AUUUCAUAAGAGUUAUAAGGAAAAAAAUCAUAAAAAAUCUCUUUUACAAAGGAGGAAUAUCUAAGCGCUAAAUUUUGGGAAAUAUUGUAACCUUAACGAAGCAUGACGUACUAUGUGUAUAGCGGUAAUUUUUGCUUGCACGAUUAUCUGCUUCGCUGCUGACGAUUCCUCGAUCUCUGGCGACGCUCUAGAAGCCGCCCUCAAGGACAAGAGGUACCUCAUGAGGCAGCUGAGAUGCGCCAUAGGAGAAGGACCUUGCGAUCCUGUCGGUCGACGCCUUAAAAUUUACGCUCCUUUAGUCCUGAGAGGAGCCUGUCCCAAGUGUUCACCGACGGAAGUACGCCAGAUCCAACAGGUGCUCGUCUUCAUCCAAAGAAAUUAUCCCAAGGAGUGGAACCAAAUUUUGAAACAAUACGGUGGACAGUGAACGCCGCAAAAGCACAUUAAACCGGUGUUUAAUAUGCAAUAUUUAUUUUUACCAAUAAAUAACAUUUUUGAGUAAAGUCAGUUUCAAAGAGGAACGUCAGUUUUGAAUCUCAAUAAAAAUUAAAAAAGGA